UGCUGUGUUCAACAGUUCAAUGUUUAAGUUCGCAAAGUUUACACGCUCGAACCGCGGCUAAUUCUGUUUCGAAACAGGUUUUGCUUGAUUCGCUGAAGGAAGCCAGCCCAACAGAGAUAAAGCAUCUUAGAGCAAGAACCCAACAGCGGUGGUUACCAGCUAUGACGAUUCUCAGUUUAAUCUUUUUGCGCGGAUGAUUCGGAAGUAGAAAACAAGUUCGGAAGUUUUUUUUUGCGAUUUCCAUUAAAACCACUAGAUGUACAAGCCUUAUGAUGGCAUUGCGUGUAGAAGCAUCCUAUCGAUAUGGAUCGUAGCAGCGCUAAUUGCACCCUCAGAACAACAGUUUCAAUCCCUAUUUAGAAACCGCCGCAAAGUGUGCAAUUAUUACGAGUGGAAAUGCGACAGCGGGCAGUGCAUCGAGUCCCAUCAGCUGUGUGAUGGAGUUGUCGACUGCAAGGACAAAUCGGACGAAACCUCGAAAGCGUGUGCCUUCAUUCGGUGCCCGAGUUAUGCUUUCCGGUGUCAAUACGGUGGCUGUGUCGACGGGAAUGCUAUGUGUAAUGGGAUUAAGGAGUGUGCGGACAGUUCCGAUGAACAUCUGCACUGUCCGGGAUACAGGGAAGCACUCUUUACAUCCGGGAAUUGUUCGAGCACCGAAUUUCAGUGCAAAUCGGGCCAGUGCAUCCCAAGUGAUGGUGUGUGCGAUGGAAUAUCAAACUGCGAUGACGAGUCCGACGAACGUCGAAAGAUCUGCAGUUUGACCUUCUGUCCUUCGUUUUCUUUUCGCUGCAGCUAUGGUGCAUGUAUUGGGGGAUACUCAAAAUGCGACGGGAUCAUAGACUGUCGAGAUGGAUCUGAUGAAGACGAAGUUCUUUGUGGUAAGCCCGCGCCUACAACAACUCCAAAACCGAUGCGAACGACAACGACGACCACAACGACUACAACCCCAUCGCCUCUAGUCACCGGACCGCCGGGUUCCUGUCUUGUGCCAGCACAGCCACAGAACGGACGAGUGGUGCUCGAUGAAACCGUGCAAGAUAUUUUAAUCGGCUCCGGAGAGUUCAUCGAAAAUUUCAACUCCGUACAUGUGUUGUGCGAUGAUAAAUACACCAUCAAAGGAACUGCAACUAUUGUUUGUUUGGAUGGAGAAUGGUUGGAUCCAUUCCCCAUUUGCGAGCGAUACUGUUCGGAAAUUCCCAUCAAUGGAAUCACCGUUCAGCCGUUCUGUGAAUACCAGCGGAAGCAAAUUUCCUGCAAACGGCCACUCCCUCCAACGACAAGAGCGCGAAUAGACUGCAAGAUCGGUUAUCAAAAACCGACCGGAUCAAUCAACGAAACACUUACCUGCGAAAAUGGAGUCUGGGACAGUUCGGUGUUCCGCUGUGAACCGGUGUGUGGUACUCCGACUCCUGACGCCGAAGCCUAUAUUAUUGGGGGCAGAAAUGCCAGUAUAGCUGAGGUCCCUUGGCACGCGGGGAUAUAUCGCAACUUGGAGAACGAUACUCUGGACGACAUCCGUUCGGAGGACUGGCACUACAUCUGCGGUGGUACAAUUCUCACGGAACGAUUGGUCGUCACCGCCGCACACUGUUUCUGGGACGUAACCUCUUUCCAUAAUGUUAGGUCGUUCCUUAUCACGGUGGGCAAAUAUCGACGAGAUUUGAGCUCCAUAGAACCUCUCCCUGCUCAAGUACUACGCGUACAGGAACUCGUCACACAGCCUCAGUAUCAGGAUUUUUCCGGAUAUUACAACCUGGACAUAGCGGUUGUUGUGUUGAGUGACUUCAUCGUGUUUAAAUCACAUAUACGACCGAUUUGUUUGGACAGAAACUUGAGGACCGAAAGCGAAAAGCGGAUAAAACCGAACAGUUUAGGACGGGUAGCAGGCUGGGGAUUAACGACAUCCGGUGGGGAGCUGAGUCCCAAUCUCAAAGUCGUUGAGAUUGGAACCGUUGAUUACUACACAUGUCGAGACCAUUCGCCCGUUUCCUACCGACCGUUCUUGACAGGGGAUAAGUUCUGUGCAGGAGAUCCUCUAACGGGUACCAGCGUUUGCCAGGGUGAUAGUGGUGGAGGGUUCGCGUUGGGCCGAGACGCCUCAGGUGAAACUCUGUACUACCUGUACGGAGUGGUCAGUUCAGCACCUCGAUCUGCCAGUGGGAGCUGUGAUAACAACAAAUAUGUAGCGUUCACUGAAGUACAGAACUACAUGCCAAUGAUUCUGGACGUUGAAAGUCGGUUCCCAGUUGUAUGAGAAAUGCGCGAAAGAAGAAUAAAAUAGCCAUACUUGAUGUACUUGGUUGAACCAAA